GAACUGGAAGUGGAAAGCACCAUUUCAGUCAGUGGCGGAGCCAGGGCGUGUGUGUGGAUUUAGUGUUGUGUUUUAGGUUAUUGUGUGUGAAUAAAAAUCAACCAUGUUCGACGUGUUUGGCUCCGUAAAGGGGCUAUUAAAAAUAGACGCUGUAUGUAUCGAUAAUAAUGUGUUCCGGUUACACUACAAAGCGACCGUAAUUUUGCUGGUUGCUUUCUCGUUGUUGGUGACCUCGCGUCAGUACAUCGGUGAUCCAAUCGACUGUAUCGUAGACGAAAUACCUCUGAAUGUGAUGGACACUUAUUGUUGGAUCUAUUCUACAUUUACCAUUCCCAAUCGCCUCGCAGGAACCAUCGGUAAAGACAUUAUUCAGCCGGGAGUAGCCAGCCAUGUAGAGGGAGAAGACGAAGUUAAGUAUCACAAAUACUAUCAGUGGGUUUGUUUUGUUUUGUUCUUUCAAGCUAUGCUUUUCUACGUCCCACGUUACCUUUGGAAAACAUGGGAAGGUGGAAGAAUCAAAAUGUUGGUUUUGGACUUGAACUGCCCCGUAGUGAGCGAGGAAUGCAAGACUGACCGUAAGAAGCUCCUUGUAGACUACUUUGCCACUAAUCUUCAUACUCAGAAUUUCUACGCAAUCAGAUUUUUCAUCUGUGAAGUACUAAACUUCAUUAACGUCAUUGCUCAGAUUUACUUCAUGGACUUCUUUCUAGAUGGUGAGUUUAGUACAUAUGGAUCAGAUGUUGUCAAAUUUACAGAAAUGGAGCAAGAAGAGAGAGAAGACCCUAUGUCAAGAGUGUUCCCAAAGGUUACAAAAUGCACCUUCCACAAAUAUGGUCCCUCAGGAACUGUACAGAAGUUUGAUGGAUUAUGUGUCCUUCCUCUCAAUAUCGUAAAUGAGAAAAUCUAUGUUUUCCUAUGGUUUUGGUUUAUUCUUCUUACUAUCAUUACUGGAAUGUCGCUGAUUUAUCGCGCUGCUGUUGUCAUGGGACCGCAAGUUCGUCUAUACCUACUGAGGGCUCGAUCACGUCUGUCACCUCAAGAACAAAUAGAGACUAUCUCAAGAAAAUGUCAGAUUGGUGAUUGGUUUGUGCUUUAUCAACUCGGUAAGAAUAUUGAUCCACUUAUUUUUAAAGAACUAGUAUCAGACCUGGCAAAGAAAUUAGAUGGUAAAGAGACUGUUUAGGAGUUGUAACUAACUGAUUUUACAAAUGUUCAAUUAUGUGCCUUUAUCAUUUCUAAAGUACGGUAGACCUAGGUAUGGUAAAUCUUAGUCUAUUGCUAAUAGGCCUAGGCCACCAAGCUGUACCGUACCAGUAAUCAUUGGUGAAAGGCAAACGGUAAGCAACCUAUGUGUUCAUUCAUGUCAUGUUUAUGGUCAAGCCUUUAACAAAUACUACCAGGUUAUUGAUUGCCCUAAAUAACACUGGAAAGUCAAUAGUCUACUAAAGUCAGUGAGGUAGCUAACUUAUAUUUUGUCAAGAUUGCACAUUAGAGCCUAGCCGAUAAAGACUUGUACCCUAUUUCACAAUAACUUUCCUGAUGUAAGUUAGAAUUUUCCUCAAAAUUACAUAAAUUGUCAUGAACCGAGUUUUGCUAGCCUGUGCUGUAUGUGAGUUAAUCCUAUAUUUUUUUAUUAGCCUAGCUGAAACUUAACCUUGGUUGCUGAUUAACUUUGCUCGUAACAAGUUACUUAUAACUUAAGUAAGUUACGUUAACUCAAACCUACUGGCGUAGUUUGGGUUUUAUCUGUAGUCUUCACAGUACUGUAAGUUAAUGAAAUGAAAAAUGUCUUUUUAAAUCUUGACUGUUUUUAUAGGCAUACCACAAGCAUUGUUUACACUAACUACUCAGUACAUUAGUUUCAGUACCGUAGUUUAAAUGUAAACUUUUUAAACUUCAUUUCAUAAAAGUUCAUAGAUUAAUUUAAGGAAUUUAAUCAUAAUAUACACCACUCAAUAUAUAACUUGUUUAUAAAUAUUAACUUACUCGUGUCGUUGAAUAGCCUUAAAUUUGCUCAUAACAAAUAGCCAAGAUAGACUUGUUUACAUUUUAUCAAAAGUGGAAUGAAUUCUUUAGACCUGUAACUUAUUAAAUAAAUCAACUUUUGUCUUAUUUUCACGGUUAUCGAGGUUGGGUGUUAAGGUGGCUACAAACUUUACAUAGCCGUGUAAUGAUGUUGGAUUGGUUUUCAUGUUUUUUUUCUUCGUUAAUUUAGGUUUUAUAUGUGUAUUUUUAAAAAAACUUAAAUUAUGGUAUUGUAAAGUGAACAGGGCUCACUAGCAAACAAAGCUACAAAGAUCAUUUCACUUCAUUCUACACUCGUCCUUCACUAAUUUGGGUUAAAAUACGCACAUAGGUGGGGUCCCUAUCUCAAUUGAUGAUAAUAAUUGGGCUUUUAGUAAAUGGUCUCAGUUAAAGAAAAAGUUGGUCUUAGUCAGUAGGCUAAUAAGUUUAUAAAAGGCAUGUCAGUCCAUUGCAGGACUAAAUAAUCUUAAUACUUUUAUACUUUUCAAUGAAAUGGCGACCAUACAAAGUAGGUAUUUUAAGCCAAGUAUGAAUGGAGAUGAGUGUAAAAUGAUCUUGUAGUCUUGUUAUUGACUAAGGCCGACUUAUUACUUAGACACAGCUGUUAAUUAAUAGCCCAUACAGCUAAUGGCAACUGAGUUACCUACAGCUUAUAGUGGAAUCCGAACCACAUUUUUGCCUUGGUACAUACAAAUUGGUCUAAUUUUCCCUUAUAUUUAUGUUAAAAUAUAUAAAGCGUGUUCCAGCUCAGUUCCUCAGUUGAUAAUAUUAUUAUUUUUCUCUGGACAGUAGGCUGCAUAUUUAUUCCGUUUUGCGGUUAAGUCAUAUCAUAGAUAAAUCAUACUCCCUUUGUGUUGCUUAGUCUAUGGUCAUAUACACAUCUAGGGUGACAGGUACUAACUUAGGCCUAACAAGUUAUCACUAGAAGGGCUAGGCUAUAUCCAAAGUGUGUUGGAUAAAAAAUGAUUAGAUAGGUGUAGCCUAUUUAAUUUACCAAAAACUUGUUUAAGGACAAAUUGUUGCAAAAAAGCUUUGAUCUCUAGACUAAGGCAAUUUUGGUUUGAUAGACUUUUGAUGACCUAACCUCACAUGACCGAUCCUGGCCUAUUCUCUGCCACCUUUGUCCACGUAACUUGUUUCUGAGGAUCUUAAAGAUAAAACAGAAACAUUUUCAUAGUUGUUUACACACACACUAACUUACUAGUAAUUGUUAUUACAGUAAAAUGUUCUCAAUUAGCAUGUGCCCGGUUAAACUCUUGAAUACUGGUAGGCUACGGUACCUAUUGAUGCAAAACUCUAAAUAGGCAUACUGAAACUCCUUUAAAAGUGACCCACACAUAAAUUCACAAUAAUAUAAGCCUGACAUUUAAUUAAAAGAGUGUAAAUAAAAAUUAUUUUUCUUACUAACAGGAAAGCAUAUAGUGUAGAGCCUGUUAAUUCAAAUUCGAAACUCUCAUGGCCUAUUUUGCCUUUUCUUUGAGUCUUUUGUGUCACAGUGGUGUGAAAGUCAUUAUUAAGCAAUAAAAUGACAAUGUCUGGCUAUAGGCUAUCCAAAUAUUCAAACUCCAAGCUAUGCCCUAAUAAUAAAUUACAACCUACUGUACAGUAAGAGUUUAGACUACAAGACAAAAUAUGGUAGGCCUAAUAAUGAAUUCUAUCUAUUGAUUGCAAUUAUUUCACAUUCUGUAUGUUCUUAUAACUGUUACUUGAACUACUUAUUAUAUGCUUUUUUAUGUAUUUUAAUUGUAGGCUACAUGUUUACUCCACCUAAUUGUUUUGGCAUUGCAUGGAACUGUUCUAAACUUGUUUAGGUUAUGAAAAGAUAAUUGUAUCAGACUGAAAGGUGUCUUUCACAAUUUGUGAAGUAUAUAUUAUUUAGCCGUUUUCUUAUUUUUGAUGAAGUUAAAUAGACACGUUCACAUUUUAGAAGCAAUAUUAUCAUGCAAUAUUUUCUAGAAGUUUAAGAUUGAUUCUUGUAUGGUUAUGGCUUCUGGCGUUCAGCUCAACUAAUUUACCAAUAUUAGAAAACCAUUUUCGGGUUUUACCAUUGGCGUUAAGUGUCCCUGGUUAUGUGUGUAUUAGAAAGUGUGAGAAUAUUGUAUAUUUUACUUAGACUUAUAAAAAAUGUGAUCAUAGUAUAUUAUUUUAGUUUGUUAUUAUUAAUAUUAUUGAUGCAAUUAAUAUAUUAGAAUUAAUUUGUAUAUUAUGCUUCAGUCCUUCAUUACUUAACUAUUCCAGCAAAAAGAACAACUUUAUGUGUUCAAACUGUUUUUAUCUUAAGUCUUCCCGUGUCAGUCAUUUUUGUAUGUCCGGGCAGCAACAAAUUUGCAUAAGAGUCAACCAAUUUUUUUUUAUUUAUUUUUUUUAUUUUACACGAUAUUCUUAAUUAUUUAUUCCGAAGUACUGUGUUUAAUUUGUGAGUUUUCAAUAUGUAAUCCUCUAUCAUUCCAUGACAUUACUCGCAAGACUGCUCACAAGCAACCUAAUUAAGUAUGCUAUUAUUUGUUGAAUUUUUGAGUCGUUUUGUAGUUGAACUUACAAAGACACUUGAUGAUAACUAACUUUUGGUAUUGUAUAAAGACAGUUUUGUCAGUUCAGAUUGAUCAUUGCCAACUAAUCAUGGAUAAGAGAGUAAAGGCUGCAUAAACGUUUUGUAUAUAUAUUUUUCUAUUUGGGCCACAAUGCAGUUCCAAAAUUCAUAUGUGAUUAUUACUCUUAUCUAUUGUAUGUAAAGUAUUCAUAUCCUUUACAACAUUCUGUAUUUUUCAUUGUAUAUAUAAUGUAGUACCCGUUAGUGCCUUAUCAGCAAGUAUGUUGCCAGAUCAUGUUCAUGUCAGCUUUGCAUAACACACUGGCCCAUAUCUUGUAACUGUAAAGCUCUUUUGUCAGUCUAUGCUUUUCAAAUAUGUAUUUGUUUUUUACUGUUGGUGGAAUUGUUUGAAGAUGUUUUUAUUGUGAAUUUGAUUAUGACUGUCAAACUUAAGUUAUGCCUCAGUUGAUUUGAGGAACUACUUGCAUUUACUGAUAGCACUGUUUUGUUAAGUUAAGAUAUGUCAAUGUUUCGCACAACUUUAAAGGUCAGUGUGUUUUGUAAAGUUUAUCAAACAAUUGCAACUAAUAUAUAAACAUAGUCUAGAUUUUUGUCGAACAUUCCCCAUGGGACCACAGUUUCGCUCAUCAUCGUGCAAAUCUUACAUAACAUUCCGUGACUUUUGUCGCUUUACAGCAUCUUUUGUAAUAUAUCAAGAUGAGUUCAUACAAAAACUGUUUUGUAAAUUAUUUUAUAUUAUAUAAUAAAUUUUACAGUGCUUUACAA